AUGGGCACGAUUGUUUACCGGAAGAUGACCCUGGAAGAGGCGAAAUGGAAGUUUCCCGAGCUAAGAAAGGUGGUGCGGAUGGGGGGGGAGUGUAGCCCGGUGGAGGUGCCUGUGACCUACGGCGAGGUGCCUGGUGCUUCUGAUGCCGAUGUGCGGGAGCGGGAUGAGGGAGCUGAGCGGGCUACCGUGGAUAGGCCGACACCGGAGGAGUGGAACGUUGACGUUCAAUGGGAAGACGUGGAAGAGCUAUGGAGUUAUGAUGUGCACCCGACGCAGGGUGCGCGACCGACAUCUUUGGCGAGCACCCUCAUCAUGCUUGUGCACGCUGGUGCAAACGGAAACUCCCAUUUCAUCGGUGGAUCCACUUCUUGGGCCAACACCGACACGGAGACUGGUUACCACUGUGAGAGGGAUAAGGCGGAAUUGCCAUCGGAUCAAGUGGAUGAUGUGGCAGACGCAGUGAUAAAAGAUGCGGAGGAGUGGAGCGACGAUAGUGAUGAGUGGUGGCUAGCAGGCCACUAUGACGGGGAGAAAGUGGAGGUGUGGGUGGCAGGAGUGCAAGGGCUGACAGCAGCGGUGCAAGGGCUGACAGCAGGGGUGCAAGGGCUGACAGCAGGGGUGCAAGGGUGGAAAGCAGGGGUGCAAGGGUGGAAAGCAGGGGUGCAAGGGGGAGAAGCAGGGGUGCAAGGGUGGGAAGCUGGGGUGCAAGGGUGGGAAGCAGGGGUGCAAGGGCGGAAAGCAGGGGUGCAAGCGUGGGAAGCAGUGCAUAGGGGGUAUGAGGGGACUGUGGGGUAUGAGAGGAGUUGGGCGUACGAGGGGAGUGCGGGGUAUGAGAGGAAUGGGGAGUAUGAGAGGAGUGGGGGGAGUCCACUGUAUGGAAUGAGUGGGGGGUAUGAGAGGAGUGGGGAGUAUGAAAGGAGUGGGGGGUAUGAGAGGAGUGGGGAGUAUGAAAGGAGUGGGGGGUAUGAGAGGAGUGGGGAGUAUGAAAGGAGUGGGGGGUAUGAGAGGAGUGGGGAGUAUGAAAGGAGUGGGGGUGAGGUCGACGAGGAGAGGGAGUGGGGGAAGUACCCGCUCUCACCCUCUGUCCUUCCCCCUCUAUGCCCCUCCCCCUCUUAUCCUCCCCCUCCGUCCUUCCCCUUUUGUCUCCCCCCCUCUGCCCUUCACCAUCUGUCACUCCACCUGUGUCCUUCCCCCUCUGUCUCUCCCCCUUUGCCCUUCCCCCUCUGUCUCUCCCCCCCUGUCCCCCCCCCUGUACCUCCCCCCUCUGUCUCUCCCCAUCUGUCCUCCCCCCUCUCCCCCUUGUACUUCCCCUUCUGUCCUUCCCCUUCUUUCCUCCCCUCUGUCCCUCCCCCUCUAUCCCUCCCCCUCGUUCCCUCCCCUCUGUCCCUCCCCCUCUGUCCCUGCCCCUCUGUCCCUCCCCCACUAUCCCUCCCCUCUCGUCCCUGCACUUUCGUCCCUACCCCUCCUUCACUCCCCCUCUUUCCCUUCCCCUCUGUCCCUCCCACUUUGUCUCUCGCCCUCUGA